AAAAAAAAAAAUUAUACAUAUAAAAAAAAAGUCAAAAUCUUUUAACAAAAAUACCAUAGACAAUAAAUUUUUUAAGUGUGAAUAUUCAGAAAAGCGUAUGAUUAGCUUUCACGCUGUUAUUUUCAUCCAGCUAUUUAUAAAAAAAUUAUUCACAAUAAAAAAAAAAAGCCACAUUUCAUCGUUCAAUACACAGCUAUUCAUCUUUUUUUUUUUUUUGUAAUCAUGUUUUAUUUUUUUGGUGUAAAUAUGACAAAACAUGGAGGUUAAAAAAAUCAAAAUACAAUGGGUAAAUGGAAAAAAUUUUUAACACGUUUGCGACAUGGAUCAUCUGGAUUAAAUCAUAAUAAUUGUGAAGUAAAUAAUGUUGGUACAUGUGUUGUUAAAAAACAAGACAACAAAUCUACAAUAAAAUGUAAAAUAAAUACUAAAAAAUUAAAUAAAAAAAAUGAUACUUCUAAAUUAAAUUGCAAUGAUAGACCAGGACCAUCAAUGAUUAAAACAACAACAACAACAACAAAUACAUCAAUAAAUCAUGAUAAACAUAUGAAAAAAAAAUGUGAAAUUAAAAAAUGUAAAGGUAAAAGAGACAAUGAUAAUACAUGUGAUAUUGAAAAAUUAAAAAUAUUAAUAAUAAAAGUAAAACAACUUAAAAAAGACAUUGAAGAUUAUGAAAUAAUAAAUAAAAAUAAUAUAAAAAAUUUUAAUAAAAAAAAUAAAAAAUUUGCAAUUGUACAAACAUGUGAAAAAAUAAUUGAUAAUAAUCAUGAUGCUUUAUUAUCAAUUGAUUAUUGUAAAAAACAAUUAUUAAAAAUUGAGGAAUAUUUUAAAUUAGAUAAUAAAUGUGAUGUUAAGUUAAAUAAAUGUUGCAAUAUAUUGAGUCAACAUUAUCAUACACAAAUUGAUGGUUUACCAUCAAUUAUAAAAUAUUCAUCAAAUAAAAAAUCACAGCUAAAUAUUAAACCAUCAACAUCAAAAAAUUAUACAAAUGAUAAUAUUAUUGAUGAUUAUAUUAAAGAUGAAAAAUCAUUGACUACAUUUAAUAAUGAUGAUACAUUAAUUGAUGGUUAUUUUUUAAAAAAUAAUAUUAUUAAUAAUAAAUCAUCACAAACAGAAACAUUUCAAAGUUUAAAUACUCCAAGAUUAAAAUCAAAGACGAUCAAGUCUGAAGUUAAUCACAAUACAAAAAAUUAACUCAUUGACAGAAUUAAAAUCUUGAUUAAAAAUUUUAAGAAUUUAUUGUUUUGUAUAAAAAUUAUUUAAAUUUAGAAAUUGAUUUAAUUUUGAAAUUAAAUUUUCAAGUCAUCGUGGUUGGACAAUUGAUGUUUUUUAAUUUUUACUGAGACAUUAAUAAAUGAAAUUAUAUAAAUUUGAAUGAUCAACAAAUUGACAACAUAAGGUUAUGAUUUUGAUAAAUUAUCAUCAGAUUAUUAACAAAGCAACAUCCUGCCUUCCAAAAUUAACAAGUGGUUGCGUUAUUGGCGCAAAAAAUUACACCUAAAAUUUUGUGCAUGUGAAAAUAUAAUAAAAAAAUCGAUAAUUGAUUUUUUGAAUGAAAAUUUGAUAAAUAUGGAUGUUGAAAUGAUUGAUGCUCAAAGGAGAUUGAUAUGGAUAAAAUUAUAAUUGUUGUAAGAUGUACACCGCCAAGUUAUCGUGAUAAUUAUUUACCAAUGGGAUCAAAAACAAUAUUGACACUUCGUGAAAAAGCUCAAUUUAGAUAUUACCCAGUAUUAUCAUCAUCAUCAUCAUCAUCAUCUUCAGCCUCGUCUUCAGAUCAAUCCUCAGUUGAAAAAAAAUCUACCAAUUGGACUGCAAUGUUUAAAUCAAAAUUGGGAAUGUCAAAAUAAUAUUGUUCAUAAAAAAUAAUACUAAAAUGGGACAGUCAAUUUCGUGUCUUAAAAAAAAUUCAAAUCAUUUAAUUGAUAACAGACGAAUUAAUAAUUCACCAGUGAGUCUAUCAAAAAGAGGUAUUUCAAUUGAAUUGCAAAGAGCAUCAAAAGUUGAAUCAUCAAAUGAGCUUUCAAAAUUAUUUAAUUCAACUAAAAAAUUAAAAAAUAAAACAACAUCAACUCCAGCAAAAAGUAAUUCACCAAGAAAUAGUUUUGAAAAUAAAAAUACCAAAGAAGAAAUACCAUCUAUUAAAAUUGAGGCUUUUGUUGAUGCAAAAGGUGAAUCAUCUUCAUCAAAUCAACAAAAUGCUUCUCAAAAAGUGUCAACAAAAAUUAAACCCAAUGCUUCAUCUGUAAAAAAUAAGCCAUUGAUUAUAAAAAAAGAACUUGAUGAUUCACCACCAAAAAUAAAACAAGAAAAAUCAUCAAAAAUUAAAUUAAAUGGUAUUAAAAAAGAGCCAAUAUUAUUAUCUUCAGAUGUAGAAACUCCAGUAGCUCCUUUGAGAUUAAAAAAAUUAAAAAAAGAAAAUUUAUCAUCUUCUAAAAUAAAAACCGAAACACCAUCAGAUAAUUUGUUAAAAAAAUCAUCAAAAAUAUCAAUUAAAAAUCAAGAAUUACCAGUACCAAUUUCACAUUCAAAAAAAAAUAAAAAAAAACCAUCAUCAAUAUCUGAAUCAGCUUCUUCAUUAUCUUCACAAAUUUUUUCAAAAUUUAUAAAAAAAGAAGCACCAUCAGAAUCAUCAAAACAAUCAUUAAAAAUUGAUUCACCACAGGCUGGUUAUCAAGUGGCAUCAACUUCAGAUGUUAUUCAUGAAACAGAUGUAUACCCAUCAACAUCAAUGAGGACAUCAGUGGAUUCAAUGAUAAAUCAACCAACAACUUCAAAAAAUUCAUUGUCAUCUGGAGCCAAUCAACAAGUGGUUCAAUCAAUUGGUAAAAAAAAAUAUCAAUGUUCAGCAAAAUGUUCCCGUUCACUUGGUAAUGAUAAUAAAAAUUCAACACGUACAAAAUGUCAACGACAAAGGCGAGUUUAUUAUUAUCUCGCUGAAGAUUUUGUUCGUGGAUUUUUUUGAUUAAUUUUUAAAACAAAAAUAAAUCUCUUUAGAAUCACAAUUGAAUUUUGUCAUAAUGGUCAACAACCAGAAAGAUGUGCCAAUAAUAAAUAUCAAAAAUCAACAAUUACUGAUGAACUUAUUGAUAUUACCAGAAACAGCAUACGUGGUUUACAAAAUGAUACAAUU